AUGUCGGCCACGACCACCUCGACGCUCACGACUACCACUCUCGUUGGGACACCCUCUGCUAUGACGAAUGUAGCGACCCCCGACAAACCAUGUCCGACAUGCGGCGGCGUCGGCGAUUCGCAUGAGCUCCCAGACGCGCGGCGUCAGAUCCAGGAGUUGGAGGGGCAGAUCCAGGAUUUGGCGGCGCAAGCUCAGGUCAAUGCCGAGAAACUCGCCGACUACGAAGAAGAAAUACACCGACUGCGCUCAUCACAACAAAUGUGUGGGACGCCCAGAAACAGCUCUUCCCAACCACCCUCGUCGCACGCGGACAAAUCGUUGUCGCCGACCCAGACUCCGACCCCAGUCUCACCCGACAGUCAGUCGCAACACUCCUACUCAGGUCGUCUGCAAACACUCACCAACCUCCUCCCCUAUCGCCGUGGUAGCGCAACCCCAACUAGUGCUCCAGCCCCCUCAACGCCCACGGCAUCCAUCACCCCGCUCCCGCAGCAUGCGUCCCCAGCCAGCAGCGACAAUACCUCGGAACUGCAAGACGCGCUGACGCGCGAGCAGGGCCUGCGUAAAGCAGCCGAGACGCAGCUCACGCAAGCCAAUACUGAGCUGGAGGAGUUGACGGUGCAAUUAUUCAGUCAGGCCAACGAGAUGGUCGCGCAGGAGCGCAAGGCGCGCGCGAAGCUGGAAGAACGGGUUGCAGUGCUGGAGCGUCGAGAUAUUGAAAAGCGAAGCCGACUGGAACGGUUGGAGAAGGCGAUGGCGCGUGUGGAGAGGGUGCGGGCUCUGGUCUUUUUGCUCAAGAGCAACAUCUGGUCUCCCGCCGUGAAAGCUGCCUCGGAUCUCCAACUCAAGGCGAUCUAUUCGCGGUCUUUGACCUCGGCUCAGACCCUCGCGAAUGGUUCAUCUGAAGUCGACCUGUACUCCGAAGAUUCCGGCGCAGGCAAGUCUUAUGCAGACCUAUUGGCCCGCGCUGAUAUCAGCGCCGUGAUUAUCGCUCUUCCUAUUCUGGUGCAACCAGACUUCAUCAAAAAGGCCCUCCUUGCUGGAAAGCAUGUUCUAUCUGAGAAGCCCAUUGCCAAGGAUAUCGCCACCGCGAAGGAGCUCUUGCAGUGGUAUCGAGCCAACAUCGAUACCAGUAAGAUCUUCUGGGCCGUGGGCGAGAACUUCCGAUACAUGAACAAAUACAUCUUCGCGGCCGAGCAGAUGAAAAAAAUGGGUAAGGUUCGGAAUUUCCGUGUUGAUAUCCAGAACAUGGUGAAAUCGAAUAACCGGUAUUACUGUACGCACCUCCCCCCGGCCGGAGGCCCGUCAAGCUCCAUGUCUAUGACAUCUUGGAGAAAGGUUCCUGAAUAUCAGGGCGGUUUCCUUUUGGACGGCGGAGUACACAUGAUUGCUGGCCUUCGUCUGAUUUUGGGUUCUGCGGAGCAGAUCACGACAGUCUCAGCGCAGUCUCAACUGCAACAGUCCCAUCUUCCCCCAGUUGAUACAGUAGAUGCAGUUGUUCAGACUGGAUCUGGUGCUACGGGUGUGAUUUCUCUUUCUUGGGGAUCUCCGUUCAGUCGCCACUCCUUCGAAUUUGCCUGCGAGAGGGGUUCUGUGGCUCUCAACUUUGAUGAUGUAAUCGUCGAUGGUGUCACUCAUACAGUUGAGUUCGACGGUAAGGGGGUUACCCCGGAGGUUACUGCUUUCGCUAGUGCUAUUGCCAACGGCCGCCCGGUUGAGACAAGACAGUCUCCCGAGGAGGCGCUGGCAGAUUUGGAGGUGCUGGAACAGAUGCUCCAAAGUGGAGAGAAGCAGGUGUGGGUCACCCACUCCGCCAGUGCGAAGUUUUCGAGAUUGCUUUCGUUCCGACUCGACAACCCUCAACGCCCGGCGAGACGCAACACCGACAAAAUGGUCGCCGCCAAGAAGCACAUCCCCAUCGUCAAGAAGCGCACCAACCGCUUCAACCGUCACCAGUCUGACCGGUUCAAGUGUGUCGCUCCCUCGUGGCGCAAGCCCAAGGGUAUUGACAAUGCCGUCCGCCGCCGCUUCAAGGGCCAGCCUGCCAUGCCCUCGAUCGGCUACGGCUCCAACAAGAAGACCCGCCACAUGAUGCCCUCCGGCCACAAGGCUUUCCUUGUCCACAACCCCAAGGACGUUGAGCUCCUCCUGAUGCACAACCGCACCUACGCUGCCGAGAUCGCCCAUGCCGUCUCCUCCCGCAAGCGUGUGGACAUCAUCGAGAAGGCCAAGGCUCUCGGUGUCAAGGUCACCAACCCCAAGGGCCGUGUCACCACCGAGGCCUAA